ACCAGAUAAGCAACAUUUCUGUCUGUAGAACAGGUACCACAGGUCGCAACAUGCCAGGUUACAGAUGGAUCCCCAGAACAAAAUCGGACGGUGUGCCCGAUAAAGCCGUUGUCGGAGGUCGUGACUGCGAUGGAACUACAAUCUACGUUGGCAGAGCCUACCACGAAGGUGACAUGCUGCCAGCGAAAGUGAUCCCCGAGAAGAACGUCGCUUAUGUUUGUUACAACGGAGAGGAGCACGCCAAAUACGACUACGAAGUGUUGCUUCCUACAGAGUUCGGAUGGGAAUUCGCCAGCAAUGGUGACGUGCCCGGUAACGCUGUACAGGCAGGCUAUACCGACAGCGGAGAAACGCUAUACGUCGGUCGCACUUUCCACAAUGGAUCGCAAACGAUCGGCAAGAUCCAACCGAGCCACAACUGUCUCUAUAUUCCCUUCGAUGGUGAAGAGCUGUCCUUCCGAGACUACGAGGUCCUGGUCGUCGUCUAACUCCGAGGCACAGCAACUUUACGCAUCGACGCACAAGCGAGAACGUUUUCGAUACGCGGCACCCUUGAAGCUCGCACGAGCGCUUCACCGAUACUGACACGAAAUCGGAAACACGUUCGAUGGAAUCGCAAAACAAACCCGUUUCUUAUCUUUGCCGAUUAAGUGAAAACAAUGUGGCUCGACGCGAAGGCUGAACGUGCCUGCCCGAAAAAGGUCGCGGGUCACGUCUUGAUUUAUUGUAGGCCAUUUCAACAAAUAAAGUAUCAUUGGAACAAAAAAAAAGA